AGAAAGAAAGAAAGAAAGAAAGAAAGAAAGAAAGAAAGAAAGAAAGAAAGAAAGCUUCUUGGGGUGGGUUAACUCUGCUUGAAUCUGGAUGGGGCUUUGCCCGUUGAACCCGAGAGCGCGCAAUGCAACGCAACGCAACGCAACGCAAUGCAAAGCAGGAAAAAGCGGUUGUGUGAACGAAGCUUAACGGGUCCCGGAGAAAGGACCCCCCGGGGCAUCCCCGGAGCCGAGCCCCCUCCUGCAGCUGGCCCCUGCCGCCCACCCAGCCCAGCUGUUGCAUCACCCCUCCCCCCCGUCCACGUCACUUCCUCGCAAAACUUUUCCCCGGGAAUGUCUGCACGAAAGUUGUUGUCCUUGCGAGCCGCGGGACGGAGGAACGGCUGGGUCCUCGCCCUCUGACUGCGGGCGGGGCGGGGGGGGGAAGGAGAAGAAAAGAUUCCUUCCUUCCUUCCUUCCUUCCUUCCUUCCUUCCUUCCUUCCUUCCUUCCUUCCUUCUCUUUUUCUUUUCUCCCCCGGCUUUUUCCGGGCUCUGCUUCCGCGGCCAUGGACGACGGCUGAGCCCACGAGAGCCGCCGGGCAGCCGCAGGGACCAGAAGCCGCCGAAGAGCCAGCUAGCCGGGCCGGUCGCCGCUCGCCCCGCUCCUCUGCAGCCUCGCCCAGCCCGGAGGGCGCCCGCCUCCCCGCCGCCCGCUAAGCCAUGGCCGGCGACUGCGCUGCCCGGAGCCUGGAUAACACCGACCUGGGAGCGCUGCGGGAUCCAGCUGGAAUAUUUGAACUAGUGCAAGUCGUUGGAAACGGGACAUAUGGACAAGUCUAUAAGGGUCGCCACGUGAAAACAGGGCAGCUUGCAGCAAUCAAGGUUAUGAAUGUGACCGAAGAUGAGGAGGAAGAAAUCAAACUGGAAAUUAAUAUGCUGAAAAAGUAUUCUCACCAUCGCAACAUUGCAACCUAUUAUGGUGCUUUUGUCAAGAAGAGUCCAGCAGGUCUGGAUGACCAGCUGUGGUUGGUCAUGGAAUAUUGUGGAGCCGGGUCGGUCACCGAUUUGGUGAAGAAGACGAAAGGGAAUUGUCUCAAGGAAGACUGGAUUGCGUACAUCUGCAGGGAGGUCCUUAGAGGUCUGUCCCACUUGCACGCCCACCAUGUCAUCCACCGAGAUAUUAAAGGGCAGAACGUGCUGUUAACAGAAAAUGCUGAAGUAAAAUUGGUCGAUUUUGGAGUCAGUGCUCAGCUGGACCGGACGAUUGGCAGGAGGAACACUUUUAUUGGGACACCUUAUUGGAUGGCUCCUGAAGUCAUCGCUUGUGAUGAAAACCCAGAAUCAACCUAUGAUUACAGAAGUGACUUGUGGUCCUUAGGCAUCACCGCAAUAGAAAUGGCGGAAGGAGCUCCCCCUUUGUGUGACAUGCAUCCCAUGCGAGCUCUCUUUCUGAUUCCACGGAACCCUUCUCCGAAAUUGAAAUCCCGGAAAUGGUCAAAAAAAUUUCUCAGCUUUGUGGACAGCUGCUUGGUUAAAAAUUACAUGCAUCGCCCUGUGACUGAGACCUUGCUCAAACAUUCCUUCAUCAGGGACAUGCAAAAUGAACGCCAAGUACGCAUCUUGCUAAAAGAUCAUCUAGACAGAACCAGGAAGAAAAAAGGAGAAAAAGAUGAAACAGAAUAUGAGUACAGUGGAAGUGAGGACGAAGGGGAAGAGCUGAACGAAGAGGAAGGCGAACCAAGCUCCAUUGUGAAUCUCCCGGGCGAAUCCACCCUGCGCCGAGAGUUCCUCCGACUUCAGCAGGAGAACAAAUCACGUUCGGAUCUCCCCUGCCUGCAGCCGAUGCAACAGCAGCAACAGAAACACCAGGAAAACUACAAAAGGCAGCUUUUGGAAGAGAGGCAGAAGCGCAUCGUGGAGCAAAAACUGCAGAGGAAGAAGUUGGAAGAUCAUCAGAAAAAGGAAGAGCUUCGGAAGCAUCUGGACUUUGAAAAGAGGCACCCAGAGAGCAAAGUGGCCCCAGGCAACGUGCAGAAGGAUAAACACAGCCGAGAUAAGCUGGAGGAGGCGUGGUGCAAAGGGGAUGCGGUCCAAAACACAGGAAUGCAACAGAGAAAAGCAGACGAAGGGGCUUACGGGAAGAAGUUUCAUCGGACCCUUCCCAAAGAUCAGACCCAGCUCCUUUGUCUCCAACACGAGCACCAGCAGAAGAAUAAGGAGACUCCUAAGAUCUUUAAUCUUCCACAGGGCCUUUCGUCAAACUGCGUGAGCAAAGAGGCAGAAAAGAAGCUUACGAAAAGUAACGGUGUCCAGCCGGACCUCAGCUGGACAGCUGUCCUCGGCCAGGAGACCACCCCUCACGGGAGGCUGGGUUCCGGCAAUAGUUCCAGCCCAUGUACGCCAGCUUUGCAACGAGCCGUGGUGGCCCAGAAUGAAAACCUCCGAACGAAUCGGGAUGUGUAUCACAGCAGCUUGUUGUCUGAUGUUGCUGUCACACCCCUGAGUCCCAGCCAGGAUGAGGUGUUUUGGAGUCUGCCUCAGACUGAAGAACAACCACCAAAGGUUCCUCAAAGGACAACAUCAACCUUUUACACCAGAGAGCAGUGUGGGCACCAGAGUUUCUCUUCGAGCACACAACAGCCACCCCUGGGGGAUCCCAAAGGAAAAUCCAGUAACAGCUACAAAGAUUUCAACGGCAACAGACAAAAGGACCUCAAGUCCCUUCAGAACAGCCAAUCAGCCUCAGAGUCCUCCAGAAUAGACAGCAGACAUCUCCAGUCCUGUAAGAAACUUGAAAAUACAUCUCAUUCAGGCCAAAUUUCAAGUCCAGCUUUGUGGAACAAGGAGAAGGUCGGCAGCCAUCUGCUUCGGAAGUCUCUAGAAUAUUCCUCCUCCAGUGACGAAAUGGGAAGCAGUGACGAGGAUGAUGAGGGUGACGGACACAUAAGGCAACCGCUCGGCAACGGAGUGACCGGCUUCCCAAGGGCAGGAAUUGCUGACAGGAUCGAACUGAGCUCUCCCUGCCUUGUAGCGGAUCCCAAGGACAAUGCUGCAGGAACAGGUGGCGGUGGCGCUUGUGAAGAUCUCUGGAGCAUGAACAACCAAAAUUAUCUGCUGCCUGACCUCCUCCAACAGAGUCAGAUCUCAGCAAACCAAGUGAUAACUUCUGCUCAGGAACUUCAGGACAAUCCUCCUGCUCACCAGCAGGCACUGAACACUGAUAGUACCCCUUCCAAAAACAGUUCCUCCUCUACAUCAUCUUUUACCUCCUUCAUCGAUCCUAGACUUCUCCAAAUCUCACCUCCUGCCAGUCCAGCUGGACCAAACUGUGGUUCCCCAUCCAAUGUGACAAUGGAUCCCGCCAGGCGGCAAAAUACAAGAAAAGGUUCUGUGGUCAACGUGAACCCUACCAACAUCCGGCCGCAGAGCGAUAGCCCUGAAAUCCGCAAAUAUAAAAAGAAGUUCAAUUCCGAGAUCUUGUGUUCUGCCCUGUGGGGGGUGAAUUUACUGGUUGGGUCCGAAAAUGGAUUAUGGCUUCUGGACCGGAGUGGGCAAGGUCGAGUUUACUCCUUGAUUAGCAGGAGACGUUUUCAACAGAUGGACGUGUUGGAAGGACUGAAUGUGCUCAUUACCAUCUCAGGCAAAAAGAAUAAGCUACGGGUAUAUUAUUUGUCUUGGCUACGAAACAAGAUCCUGCGGAAUGACCCCGAGGUGGAGAAACGACAAGGCUGGGUGUCGGUGGGCGACUUAGAAGGCUGUGUGCACUACAAAGUUGUGAAAUAUGAGAGGAUCAAGUUUCUGGUGAUUGCUGUGAAGAAUUCAGUUGAAGUCUACGCUUGGGCUCCCAAGCCAUAUCAUAAAUUUAUGGCUUUUAAGUCCUUCACCUCCCUUCCUCAAAAACCACUCUUGGUGGACUUGACUGUGGAGAACGGGCAACGGCUGAAAGUUAUCUAUGGAUCAGCAGUGGGAUUUCAUGCCAUUGACGUGGACUCUGGCUCGGUGUAUGACCUCUAUUUGCCGACACAUAUCCAGGGAAAUAUUCAUCCGCAUGCUAUUAUCAUUCUCCGGAACACCAGUGGGAUGGAACUUCUACUGGCUUAUGAAGAUGAAGGAGUCUACCUUGAUAUUUAUGGGCACUUCUCCAAAGAAAACAUUUUGCAAUGGGGGGAAAUGCCCACAUCAGUAGCAUAUCUUCAGUCCAAUCAGGUGAUGGGCUGGGGCGAGAAAGCAAUUGAACUGCGCGCUGUGGAAACGGGAUGUCUGGAAGGCGUGUUUAUGCACAAGAAAGCUCAAAAGCUGAAGUUUCUGUGCGAAAGGAACGAUAAGGUAUUUUUCGCCUCUGUUCAGUCCGGAGGCAGCAGUCAAAUUUACUUUAUGACCCUGGGCCAAAACGUACUGUUCAACUGGUAAAUCACUUUGGAAUGAAGGAACGUUUGACUUUCCCAGUUUCUAUGAGCCAUAUAAAGCUUAAGUUCAUUUCAGAAGUUGGCCCCUCAUCCCUGCAACGAAAAGGAAAAGAAAACACCCACGACCCUCACACUUUCCUGCAGUUGCGGAGGGUACAACUCUUGCAAAUGUAUUGUCCGCUGUUUGAAAUUUGCUCUUCGGUAUCCCGGAGAGCCCGUUUUUUUUUUGUUGUUUUUUAAAGGCAGUUGUGCCAAGCACAAUUGCACCGUUGAAGGCAAGCUUCCCAUCUUACAAAAUAUGCACAGAGCUGGGGGAAGGGAGGGUUUUGCACAAAGAUUGUAAUGUUGUUUUGUUCGGUGUUCAGGGGGAGGAGGGUGUUUUGGUGAAACGGUGUGCCCAGCUAGGCGUGUUCCAUGCAAGCACACCUAGCGAUGAGGUGGAGACAAACCUUUGGAUUGCUCAAUUAGUUUGGUGGGCUUUGGCUUUCCCAGGUGUGGAUCUACCUUCUUCUCUGAACUCAUCGGUAACAUCUCUGUUGGCCGGGAAAUUUCACAGCCUUGUGAAACAUUCAUUCAUUUCAGCAAGGAGUAUCCACAGGGAGAAAUUCCCAGGGGAAGUCUAUGUUCUCAGCAAUUUGAGGCUAGAAGUGUCCUCGGGGACACCAACAGCCCGGUUUCUUACCCGAUUUUGCAAUUGUUUAUUGCAAAGCACGGUCUCUUCUCGUGCGUGCUGUUCCAUCAGAUUUCUAAGGAUAUUCUAAACCAUGAAAAAAAAUAUCCUCAAGCAAGAUACUGCUUUUCUUUACUUGCUCAAGCGGUCGCUAAUAUUUGAACGAGAUGGACUCCCAUCCCACUUGGGAUUCAAGCUCUUCCAAUUUUUUUUUAUUCUUGCAUCUCAACGGAGAACUUCCAUUUAAGUGCUUCGUUUCUAAUGUAAUGGUAGGAUCAACCGCCCCUCCCAGAACGAGGUCUAAAAGCCACUCUAACUGGAAUGACCACAAUGUCCAUUAUCCUCACAGGUCUGGGACAAUUCACCACGGGCAACUCGCUGCGGAACAAGGGUUACACUAAUGUCAAAGAAAUGGUGGAACAGAGUCAUUAAAGAAAGGAUGCAAAAGGAGGGACAGAAUUGAAUGUGAAUGACAAAAAUUUAAUUAUUUUAAAUAAUUAAAUUGAAUUGUUGAAUUGUCCUGUAGCAAG